AUGUAUCGCCGUCAAACGUUCCAAACUACUGCGGUGCCCAGCAACAACAACAACAACAACAAUAACAACAAAUAUAACCAUAGUCAGACCCUCGCCUUACUUUUGUCCCAAGAUACUCACGAAGUACCUGCAACCGCGCCUGUAUUUGAAGGUCAUCUUUAUCUCUUGACAGAUAAGCAAUGGCGUUGGAGACAAUUCCGAUUCGAUGGUGCCUCAUUUACAUGUUUAUCUUCUCGGAAGUUAAAACUUCCACAAACUAAUGUUGAAAACCACGAAGAAAAGUAUAGUCUUCGUCAUUUACUUUCGCCCUCCUUCAACGCCACCCUCCCUCGCUCACAACAAAAACGCCGAUCACUCUCUACACAGCACAACCAGCCUGAAGAAAAUAGACAGAUAAAAUUCACUAUUGAGAUUUCAAACAUCUCGGCCAUCUCUGUCCUCAAACGAUCAAAGCAAGAACAUGGCUUAAAAUCUGCGUUUGGGCAGUCUAAAUCGAGGUGUUUUUGUAUACGAACCUACGACAACCAAGGCUACGUAAUGAAGGCACAGAAGCAAAAAGACUUUGAGCGCUGGUUGUUUGUGCUAACAAAAAUGUGGACAUUUGCACAGUCUGUGCGCGAGCAAUCGCCUUAUUCUCCUCACCACUCUCUUGAUCGUCAAUCAAGAAGUAGGUCUUUGCCUGUUCUGCCUUCUUUACCCGAUCUCCCUCUUAAUUCAACAUUUAAACUCAAAGAGCAUCCAGUACUUUCACUCGAAAAGGUUCAAUGGAUAGACCAAUGGAGACUCUCCCUCGAGGAGCUUGUCACGUAUGGUCCCAACCUUCAUUUUACUCCCCCUCCUAUUGAUCCUAUUCCAGAUGACAUUUUGACCGACACAAGUGGGAUGACAAGUCUCGGUGCACACCAGAGCACGCCUGAUAAGCCCAUAAAAAGAAAACAGCCGCUAGUUCCUCGGCGUUCCCUUGGAAGCCACAGUAAGAGACAGCCUUCUCACAAUAUAAAGUCAAACAGCGUUGCUCCUGUUCUCGCGAGAUCAUCAAAGCCGUCCAAAAAUUGGGCUAACGAACCCAGUAAUUGGAAUGCAAGCUGCAAACCUAUCGAUGAUCCCUCCUACUUAGCACUCGGCUCUUCAUUCGACGCAUACCCUAUUCAUUUAUUUCAAGAUGCUUACACUAGCCAUGAUGAAGAACAAACUCCACCCAAAGAAAGCACAUGUGCUAUUAGAUAUCACACCUCCGUUCGUGGAAAGCCCGUAAAAGUAGUUGAGAACAGCCGAGAAGAAAAAUCUAAUGGAGCCACCAACACCAGGCGAUCCCGAUCAAUGAUGCUCAAUGAUGCCACUAUAAACACCAACUCUCCACUCCAAACAUUGGCAUCUGUUGAUGAUGCACAAGCGCUCAAACGUCAUAUCAAGUACACAUCCUCUGAAUCUCUUAAAGCUAGACGUGCACAACAAGAAGACAGAGAUGAUAUGAGCCUUGCCGACCUAAGACGGUCUCUUAAUCACCUGAGUCUCUCCAAAGAAUCUAUCUACCAUACCCGAUCCACAUCUGCUCCAUCUAUUCUCGAGCCAUCUCCCCUUAUUGUUGCACCUGCGUUGCCGCCUAUUCCCAUGCACGCCACCCCCUUGUAUGGCUAUUUUGCUAUCAAUACAUUUAUGCAAAGAGAUAUACCUAGCACUGUACCCCAGUCAGAUUUAGAGACUCAAGAUAUGGUCAUGAAAACAUGGCUAGGAGCAACCGAGUAUUACCAAGAGUCAACUAUACCUUCACCAUGGACUCCUAAUCUUCCUGCUAAACAGGCCCAGACCAACAUGGGUUCAUUUUGGCCUCAAACACAGGCCACAGAACAUCCGAUUGAACGAUGA